AUGCUAAUUAAACUGCAUGAUAGAUUUAAAAAUUAUUUAAAUUUAUCACAUGAAGCUGAUGAUGCUAUUUUGGCUACGUGUUUUAAUCCAUUCUUUAAAAUGCGAUGGAUUCCAAAAGGUCUAACUGAAGCUGAUAAAGAAAGAAUACAAUUGCUAUGUAUAAAUGCUGCUAAACAAAUAAAUAUACCUAAUAAUGAAAUUUCUACUUCCGAUAUAUCCGACAACGAGGAAAGUUUUUUAAUAUUCAUGUCACCAAACCGUAGUAACGCUGUAACAGAUUCCUCAACAAGUGUUGAAUUACAGAUAUUGCAAUUUUUUAAUGACAAAAAUAAAAGUUUUACAUGUUUAAACAAUUAUCCUGUUGUGAAACAAUUAUUUAUUAAUUAUAAUACUAAUAUUUGUUCGUCAGCACCGGUAGAGAGAUUGUUUUCAUUUGCUGACUUCAUAAUGGCACCUUCUCGUUCCCGGUUGUCUGACGAACAAUUCGAAAAACUAGUAUUUUAA